GUGCUAAGAGGCUGCUACCCAGGGCUCCCUAUUGCUGUGCGGUUAAUCAGAUACAGUAUGGACGGCAGUGGAAGUGGCUGGACUGGAGGUCUGCUGCCCUCUGUUAGCGAGAAGACAACAGAGGGGCACUCGGUCUUUGAGAUGGCUGUUCAGAAUGACUCGGCCAACCACAGCUCCCUGUUUGCAGACGUGGCUCUGCUGCAGAGCUUCAAGCUGCUCAUCAUCCCCUGCUACUCCCUGGUGGUGGUGGUGGGUGUGUUGGGGAACUACCUGUUGCUCUACGUCAUCUGCCGCACUCGCAAGAUGCACAAUGUCACCAACUUCUUCAUAGGGAACCUGGCCUUCUCAGACAUGCUGAUGUGUGUGACCUGUGUACCCUUAACCCUGGCCUAUGCAUUCAACCCUCGUGGCUGGGUGUUUGGGAGGUUCAUGUGCUACCUGGUGUUCCUGAUCCAGCCGGUUACCGUCUAUGUGUCUGUCUUCACCCUCACCGCCAUCGCUGUUGACAGGUACUACGCCACUGUGCAUCCUCUGAAGAAGCGUACCUCUGUGUCCACCUGUGCUUACGUCCUGUCAGGGAUCUGGCUGCUGUCCUGUGGCCUGGUGGCUCCGGCCGUGGCCCACACGUACCACGUGGAGUUCAGAGAGGAGGGCCUCACUAUCUGUGAGGAGUUCUGGCUGGGACAGGAGAAGGAGAGGCUAGCCUACGCCUACAGCACCCUGCUGGUUACCUACGUCCUGCCACUCUCCGCUGUCUGCACCUCCUAUCUCUGCAUCUCUUUCAAGCUGAGGAACUGCGUGGCGCCGGGACAUCGGUCCCGAGACCAGGCAGAGGCACAGCGAGCCCGAAAGCGAAAGAUCUUCCGUCUGGUGGCAUUAGUGGUGGCGGCCUUCGGGGUGUGCUGGCUGCCCAUCCAUGUGUUCAACGUGCUGCGUGACAUCGAUAUCCGCUUAAUCAACAAGCGCCAUUUCCUGCUCAUUCAGCUGCUGUGCCAUCUGUGUGCCAUGAGCUCCUCCUGCUGUAACCCCUUCUUGUAUGCCUGGCUGCACGACCGCUUUCGUGCUGAGCUGCGCAAGAUGUUCACCUGUCACCACCGCAUCGGCAUCCCCACCAACCACUGUGCUAUGGCCAGUGUGGUCCUCUGACUGUGCAGGGACAAGGAGAUAGAAGAGACACAAGACAUGUGAUACCUGUGUAAGCAUGCUGUAGGUCCAAUUUCCUGAUAAUGUUCAUGUUUGUUGGUGACCUAAUGUAGACAUAACAAGAGAUCAUCAUGAACAAUACAGGAAAUCUUGGAAUUACAGCUGAUUAUAGAGAUAUGAGGUGGUUUCCUCAUUGUUCAUAGGUAAACAAAUCAAUUGAACAUAAAUUAGGUGAUUGACUGGAAAUAAUCAUUAAAUGAGCAGAUUGAACAACAAUAAGAAGAAGGUGAAAUUCAAGAGACAAAAAGAGCAAGAGACGAGAGGGAGGGAGAGAGGGAGAGAGGGAGAGAGGGAGAGAGAGAGAGAGAGAGAGAGAGAGAGAGAGAGAGAGAGAGAGAGAGAGAGAGAGAGAGAGAGAGAGAGAGAUGUCACUUCCCGUCAAUCUGUCCACGAGAGAUUAAUGUUUAACACUAGGAGAACAGUAGCAAACAGGAAAAUCUGAAUCCACAAAAUGUUGUCAAUGCUCAUAAGAGGUCUUGUAAAUAAUACCAUUAGUUAAGUAAUCAUCACAGUAGUUGCUACAGGAAGACAUCUUCCAUUCAUCCAGAUGGACAGCUGUCUGCUGAAGUUAGAGCGCAGCACUCAGUGGACAGACUAUACAAUGUCAACUCAACUCAGUGUCCAGUAUGCUUCUGUCUGUUGUGUUAAUAGUCAACUGCAGGUUUGGUCUCUAGACUGGUCAGCCUGGUCUCAUAGACUAGAUGUAACAUAGUAAAUGUAAAUCUGUAAAGACCCAAAGUAGUAUGAUAUGAUACGUUUGGUAUGGUUACAACCAGAAAGUAGGGUGGUUGGUCGGGGUGGAUGGGUUCUAAAGCGAACGUCUACUAACCCAAAGUUGCGUGUUCGAAUCUUAUCACGAAGAACUUUAGAUAAUUAGCAACUGUGCAACUACUUACUACUAUUUAGCUACUUUGUAACUACUUAGCAUUUUACCUUCCCCUAAUCAUAACCCUAAGCUUAACCCUUUAACCUAACUCCUAACCCUCACCCUAACCUUAACCCUUUAACCUAACUCCUAACCCUCACCCUAACCUUAACACCUAACCCCCAGCAAAUGUUAGCUACAACAAAUUGGAAUUAGUAACAUAUCAUACGUUUUGCAAAUUCAUAACAUAUAGUACGAAUUGCAAUUCAUAACAUAUUAUACGAAUUGCAAUUCCAAACAUAUUGUACAAAUGCAAUUCGUAAUGCAUCAUACAAAAUGGAUAAUGGACAUCCACAAACGAAUACAUACCAUACCCAGAAGUCAAAUAUCAUACUAAUUGAAGUAACUUGGAUUUACAUUUACUAUGUUACGUCUAACCGAGUCCAGGUUGGACUGCACAUCCCUGGAGCACUGCCGAAUGAUGUGAUUACAGAUCUCGCUGUCUGCACCCUGUGAAUAAACAUGCUUAAUAAAACAGUAGGUGAUCUUUUUUUCCCCUAUGGUUAAAUUCUUCAUUUUUAUUGCAGUCUUCUCAGUCUCUUACAUAUCUUUGUUUGUGGGGAAUGUACCACACCUCUGAAAAUAGUCAUUCAGAAUUAGGUGUUAGUUAGGCAUUUGCUAAGGUCAUGCUUGCCACUGCAUGAUUGCAUCAUUGACUGAUUAUCAUAACUCCAGAAAGUUUCACUCAGGUGUUGAUUCUCAUUGUUUGUUUUUUAGACAAACCACAAGACUACCCACUUUCAAUACAUUUAAGCAAAAUGGUGGUUUGCUGAAGUUGUUAUGUAUCCCUUUGUAAUAAAUGGCAUUCUGUGGUUUGUGUCAUGCUAUAUAAAAUGCCUGUCCUUAUUAAGUGAUUGCAUGCAAUUAUGUGUAAAAUUCUCAAUAAACAAACACUGACAAUUG